CGUUUGGGGCCUGCCCGGCUCCCGUAGGAGAGCGCCGGCCGUGGCGGCGCCACGUCCCCUGCGGCGGCGGGGGAAAGAUCGGUUGGGCCUCGGGCGGCUCCGGGCAGCAAUGGCCUUUACGUUAUACUCGCUGCUGCAGGCGGCCCUGCUCUGCGUCAAUGCUAUCGCCGUGCUGCACGAAGAGCGCUUCCUGAAGAAUAUUGGCUGGGGAGCAGACCAGGGAAUUGGUGGAUUCGGAGAGGAGCCAGGAAUUAAAUCUCAGCUAACGAACCUUAUUCGAUCUGUAAGAACUGUGAUGAGAGUGCCAUUGAUAAUAAUAAACUCAGUUGCAAUUGUAUUACUUUUAUUAUUUGGAUGAAGAACAGUGGGGGAAAUGGAGACUCAGAAGAAGAGAUGCCAGCAGAAGUUACUACUUCGGUCAUUAUUGGAAUAUCCGUGUCUAAGCUGGUCGUCCUUGCACUUGACAAAAAUGUAAACCUGACAAUAAAACCAGAGUCCCUAUUUAUCUGAUUUUUUUACAAAUGUUGCAUUUAUAAUUUCAUUAUAAAAAAUUAGGUCAUCAGAGGCGGUAACUAUCCAGGAUUGGAAUGCAUUUGAUUGCUAACUGCUAAUAGAAGUUCAUGGUAUGGUAAAGAUUGGUAAAAGGGUACAGGACUGUCACUUAUAUGUUUAUAGAGAUUUUUCUCUCUCACUUCUCAGGGAUAAAUUUUUUUUCAAUGUUCUGCAGUUCCUUAUGACUUGGCUAUGAUGGGAAAGUGAUUAUCUUCCUACAUAAAAUGUAAAGAAUUUUUAAAAAGUGAUUACUACAGACGAAAUGAUAAUUAGCAGGUAAUUUGAAUAAUUUUACUUUGAACUCUUUAUUUUGUCUGUAUAUCAUCAUGGCUGUAACAGAAUCAAAUUUAUAGAACUAUUGAGCAAUACUCUCUGAUUUCAGGGAGAAUUCUAAUUUUGUAAGUCAGAUAGUCAAAUGAUGAUUGUGUUUUUAAGUUCUUUUCAUGCAUUUGUUAUUUUAUUAAUUGGCCUGAAUGAUGAGAACAGACCACUAUCUACAGAUUUCUAUUGGUAGGAAAAUCUGUGUAAAAAAGUCUAUGCCCUUUUUUCAGUAAUGACUUAUUUUUUAAAAUCUGCAUAAAUAUCAGGCAGCAAGAGCAAUCCUGAAUGAUCACAGUUAAACUAUACUAUGUAAGACUAUUGGGAAGUAUUUGCCUCUCCCCCAAAUUAUCAUGUUUCCAUUUUUUGGAGUAGCACAUUAAGGGGUAUAAUUCUUUAUUCUGCCUGUCAAUACAGAUUCAUGCUAGAUAAGUUUUUUGUUUUGUUGUUAUGUCUUAGACCAUCCCAUAUUUGCUCAUCCCAUAAUACAGUUUUAUGCAGGAAGAUUAAAACUAUGUAAAUGGUUUUUCAGGAAAUUCUUAGUUAUGAUAGUUUAAAGGGACAGAAUGCCAUCUUUGUUUAUAGGAGAACAUUUGUAAAUAAAGUUAAAUUUCCAAGUCAAGCGUUUGUUUUUUAUACCUUACCUGUUAGUGUUAACUGAAUCUCAUUUCAUGUAUGAUACUUGUUUUUUACUUGCUUUGCUGUAAAAUCAUGAGCAUAGACUUAAUGAAAGUAAAUAUCACAGUCACUUUUUUUCUUCAGUGAAUUAACUGAAUUGCUGAUUGCAUCAAAGAGACUCAUGAGCAAGUUUUAUUCCAUGACCUAAGUUACUUCUAGAACUUUGGAGCAGGUAUUGAAUGCCUGUUGGCCAGGCCUGAAUUAGAUGAUCUUUGGGCCACAGGCUUGCAGCUGAACCACAGAGAUGUACCUGGGAUUCUUAGUUGAUUAUCUGGCUCAUGUAAGUAACUCAACAUAUUUGGCAUUUAGAGACUGGUCUUUUGGCCUUAUGAAGAUUUGAUGCCGGAGCCCAAGUUUAAGCCACUGAACAGAUUCAAAAGAUGCAGUUAAUUGAGAGCACUCCCAGGCUAUACAGAAUUUUUAAAGGAAUGAAAAAAGAGACCUUGGCCUAAUGCCAUUUUUCAUGGAAAACUUUACAGCACAACUUCAUGCUCAUUUAGUGACAGGGCACUGCCUGAGGUCACAGGCUGUCGGAGAGCAGUCACUGCAGGGCAGGAUCAGAGGAUUUGGUAGCAAAGUGGUUCUGAGGAAAGUGAAGCACAUCAUCUCUGAAGGCCACUUAACACAGUUCUGGCUUCAGUGUCCUUGAGGCAGGGCUGGAAGCAUUCACGGGUUAGACCUGAUUUCCCCAGAGCAGCUGUGAUGCAGUAACCAUAGUAUCUCAUUUAGUUUGACAGUAACUUCAGUGUCUACUUGCCUGCCCACAACUUCUCCCUUAGCCAUUCUCAGUAUUAGCCAUUCGUGAUCAUUUGAGACUCCGAAUAUCCAUGUUUAUGGUCCUUAUGUAUUCCCUGUGUCUGUACACCUCUGACCCAUCAUGAAGGAUUUUGGUUCAAGUAUUUAGAUGUUAACCAAAUUCAUAUCCUAAGCCGUCCGUACAGUGGGUUUCAAAUUUUGUUAAUGGUAGAACCAGAUGCCAAAAGGGAGAAAACCAUAAUGUUCCACUAUCUAAAACAAAUGAGAGCAGUUUCCAGCUGACGCAGGGUUAGGGCCCAAAAGCCACUGUUCCGCCUCCGCCCUACUGUUGUCAUCCUUCCUGAAGCACGUCCACAAAACUCUUUUAAGUUAUCAAAAUGUUGGUUUAAAAGUACCUUUUUUGAAAAAAAAUCCCCAUUUUAGAUAGAGUAGGCAACGUGAUCUGUGGUCUGUAGGUGUAUGCUGUCACUUCAGUGUAUAUGUACUUAUGAAAUGACGAGAGAAAGCAAUAUAUAUUUGAAUAGUGAAAAGAAUGGGAAGCAGGAUAUUUCUGAUAUGCCAAGUAAAACCUUUUAUCACAAGACAAAUUUCCUAACACCUCUGUUGUUUUUAGUUGCUUCAUCUGCAAAGUUGGUCAAUAACUAUUUCAGAACAGAAGUCUGCUCUGGGUGAUGUAUAUAUGUAUGCCUUUUCCAGGUCCCUAACUUUGACUCUAGAUGUACCUCAGCCAAAGAGAUGUUAUCCUGAAGUCAAUGUUUUCGGUGAAAUAAACCACUUUCUGAGUGCCUCA